AUGACAAAGAGCAAGAAAGGCAUUUUAGAUUCGAGUUUAGAUGUAAUAGGCGACACGCCGCUGAUCCGGCUCGACAAGGUGGCAGCGCGGCAUUCGAUACGGUGCAAUUUGCUGGGCAAAGUCGAGGCGUACUCGCCUGGCGGCAGUCUCAAAGACCGGAUAGCGGAGCGGAUGAUUGACGAGGCGGAGCGUGCGGGCGAGCUAGUGCGUGGGCAGAGUACCAUAAUAGAGCCAACGUCCGGCAACACGGGCAUCGGGUUGUGUCUAGUGGCAGCACGGCUCGGGUACAAGGUAAUGAUAGCGAUACCGGAUAAAAUGAGCAGCGAGAAGGUCACAGUGAUGCGAGCACUCGGCGCACACAUUAUACGUACUCCCAAUGAUGCUCCGAGCGACUCCCCCAAUAGUAACAUAGGCGUGGCGAAGCGACUGGUACGCCAAGUAGACGGCGGAGUCAUGCUUAACCAGUACACUAACAGACAUAAUGCACUUGCUCACGAACUGGGCACAUCUGUAGAAAUAGCUCGCGAUAUUCAGUUCUCAUUGGGCCACGAUGCCAUCGCAGACGCUGUCGUCAGCGGCGUGGGUACGGGUGGGACUAUCACUGGGGUAGCGCGCGGAUUGCGCACUCACAACUCAUCUCACUCCCCAACCAACGGUUUCAGAGAUGGGCUCUUUGUCGUGGGCGUUGAUCCUCUCGGUAGUUCACUUGCUUUGCCCGAGUCGCUGAAUGGAGAAACACACGCUUAUGCUGUUGAAGGCAUCGGCUAUGACUUCCUCCCAGACACACUCGAUAGAAGUGUUGUAGAUGUCUGGGUCAAGACGGGCGACGAGGAGUCUUUCGAUUGCACGCGUCAGCUUAUCCGCGAAGAAGGCCUGCUCGUUGGUGGGUCUGCGGGGAGCUGCUUAGCGGGUGCACUACAGUUCUUUCGUACCGAACAGGGCAGCGCCAUCUCCCAAGACCCUUCCAAGACAGUGGUGCUCAUAUUUGCAGAUUCUAUCCGCAACUACAUAAGCAAGGCGUGGUUAGUAGACUAA